UCCAAUUUAUUUUUUUUUAGUUAUGAAUAUUGCACUUUUUCAUAACUUUUUUUGUAAUUAGUAUUUUCAUUAUGUUGAAUUUUAUGUAUUAGUAAAAUAACAUUCGACGUUCGACGAUCGUGUAAUAGGAAACCGUGAUUGCAAAAUCGGAAGUUACUAAAGCUCGGAAAAUAAACUACAAAUGAAUUUUCUGUAUUAAACGCGAUUUCAGUUUGAGUGUAUCAAUUUGGGAUCAAAGCUUAAAAUGGGAUCGCAACAGAAAGAUAUAGAAUUGAGCCCCGUGAGAGUGGAAAUGGAUCCAAAUAAGCAAACGCCGGCGAACCAAAGUGGUCAAGCUAACGACGAAGAAGAUAUUAUUAUUGGACGUUUUAGGAAGAUAAGCUCGGCGAAAUCGAUGGCUGCAACAAAUGGGAAUAUCCAGUAUACUACUGAUUUGCCUAAGCCGGACGUUGACGUGGAGUCCGGGCUACAUUUCAGGGCUAAAGAAGAGGGUGAUAAAUUACUGAAUAAAGCGAAUCAUGGGGAGAUUAUGCGAAAAUCGGCCUUGACGAAAAGUAGCUUCCGUGACAUUGAGAAACCCUCAAGAUUUAAAGACCAACCAUCUGCUACUAGAUUUCAGAUGGAGGCAAAACAAGAGGAGGGUUCUGAAUCUGACGGAUCUGGUAUGGACAGCGACGAUCCUCUCACGACUACUGAUACUAAAUAUGGAAAAAGUUUCAGGCAUUUCACACGAGAAGCUCUUCCCCGUUUGGACAACUAUAGAAAUGUGCUGUCCCUGCACGCUGCGCCCCGACCGACGUUGGAUGAGCUCCACAACGCUUCGCUGUCUAGGAAGCCAGGCCAGACCCUGGAGAAGGACAUGGGUGUGAUGGCGCCGCCGUCGCCCAACGUCAAGUUUGGAUGGAUCAAGGGCGUGCUGAUGAGAUGCCUGCUCAAUAUAUGGGGGGUGAUGCUGUUUCUGCGGCUGUCUUGGGUCGUGGGACAGGCGGGGAUCGGUCAAGCAAUUCUUCUUAUAUUGACGACAUCUGUAGUGACUACGAUAACAGCGUUAUCUAUGUCUGCUAUUAGUACUAAUGGAGUCAUAAAAGGAGGCGGUACCUACUACAUGAUAUCCCGAUCGCUCGGGCCUGAGUUUGGCGGUUCCAUAGGACUAAUAUUCUCUAUGGCGAACGCGGUAGCGUGCGCUAUGUAUGUGGUCGGAUUUGGGGAAUCGCUUAUAACACUUAUUCCAGAAUCAGCUUAUAUGGUCAGCAAGAGCUGGGACCAAGCAAUCUAUGGCUGUAUAACAAUAGUCCUCCUAACUGGUAUAGUGAUAGUAGGACUAGAGUGGGAGGCGAAAGCUCAAAUAGUGCUAUUGUUCAUACUGUUAGCGGCGAUUGCAGAUUUUUGUAUAGGAGCCAUUAUAGGACCGACCAGCGAUGAUGAGAUCGCGCAGGGAUUCGUAGGGUUUAAUAUGACGGUCUUCCAAGAGAACUUAGGACCAGAUUACCGAUACUUUGAGGGAGUGGAACACAAUUUCUUCUCAGUAUUUUCAAUAUUCUUCCCGGCGGCCACUGGGAUACUCGCGGGAGCUAACAUUUCUGGUGAUUUGAAGGACCCACAAAAGUCGAUACCCAAGGGAACACUGCUGGCCAUACUGCUGACCACGAUAUCGUACGUGGGGAUAGCGGUGGUGGCGGGCUGGUGCGUGGUGCGCGACGCGAGCGGGGUGGUGGGGAACGCCACGUGUGCGGGCUCGUGUGCGUACGGUCUGCAGCAUAGCAACGAUGUAAUCAGGCUAGUAUCAGCGUGGGGUCCGCUGAUCUACGGCGGGUGCUUCGCCGCCACGCUUUCUUCCGCGCUCGCUUCGCUCGUCUCCGCGCCUAAAGUUUUUCAGGCGCUAUGUCAAGACAAACUCUACCCGUAUUUGGAAAUCUUCGCGAAAGGCUACGGCAGCAACAACGAGCCGGUGCGCGGAUAUGCGCUCACCUUUAUAAUCGCUGUGGCUUUCAUUUUGAUGGGUGGGCUGAAUCAAAUAGCGCCCUUGAUAUCGAAUUUCUUCUUGGCUGCAUACGCGCUGAUCAACUUCGCCACUUUCCACGCAAGUUUAGCGAAACCAGUGGGAUGGAGACCUACUUUUAGACUAUACAACAUGUGGCUAUCCUUAUUGGGAGCGAUAGUGUGCGUGGUGAUAAUGUUCGUGAUCUCGUGGGCCACUGCGUUAGUCACUAUCGCGUUUUUACUAGCGUUGUACUUGCUGGUGUCUUAUAGGAAACCUGAUGUGAACUGGGGAUCAACGACGCAAGCACAAACAUACAAAACGGCUCUAUCCGGAGUGCACCAACUCAACCGGGUCACGGAACAUGUCAAGAAUUACAGACCUCAAAUCUUGGUGCUCACCGGGUUCCCGGGUGAGCGGGCUGUGCUCACCGACUUCACGUAUCUACUCACUAAGGGAUUAUCUCUCAUGCUGUGCGGACAUGUUGUGCAGAGCCAAAUAAACCACCGAACCCGAGAGGCACUAACCAACCGAGCUUACCACUGGUUUUCAAAACGCAAGAUAAAGGCCUUUUAUUGCAUCGUCGAUGGAGUUGAAUUUAAAGAUGGCGCUAGUGCUCUUAUACAGGCGAGUGGUCUCGGCAAACUAAAACCGAACAUAAUACUGAUGGGCUUCAAGGAGAACUGGCAGACGUGCACGCGUGAAGAGGUCUUGGAUUACGUCGAAGUUAUGCACAAAGCCCUAGACGUGCACAUGGCAAUAAGUUUGUUACGUGUCGAGGAACGCAGUGGUGACACUUUAGAUGCUGACUUGCUAGCUGUAUUACGCGAUCUUAAUGAAAAUACUAGAGAACGUUCGAUGGGCGACAGCCUCAAGGAGUCCAAGUCGAGUGAGAGCUUGAACACGCACUCGAGAGGAAGCAGUAUGUCAGAUUUAUCAUUGGGCUCUCCGGAACAUGUAUCGCGCGAUCCCGGCGCUGCAAACAAAACAGACAAACCCAAGGAGAAUAGCUGUAAAGAUAGAAUUGCUUAUCGUCUCCUAAAGAAAUCAGUGUGCAAAAAAAUAAUGGGCGGUCGUCGUAUCGGCAUCGGGGGAACCCGUAGAGCGUCUUCCUUCACGUCGGUGGAGCAGUUCACGCGGCGGCAGAACGGCACUGUUGACGUGUGGUGGCUGUACGACGAUGGAGGCCUAACUCUACUUCUGCCGUACAUUCUGUCAACACGUCGCGCGUGGGCGUCCAGCCCGCUACGGGUGUUCACACUAGUUAAUAAAAACACUGAAAUGGACAUCGAGGAGAGGAAUAUGGCGUCCCUGCUAUCCAAGUUCCGUAUCGACUACUCCGCUCUUAAGAUGAUAUCUGACAUCACGAAAAAGCCCAAGGAUUCCACGUUGGCGUAUUUCGACAAACUCAUAGCCCCAUUCCGAACUUCGGACGAUAGCAAUGACCCAGGUGGUAUAACAGACGCGGAUUUACUAGCGGCCCGCGAGCGUACAUACCGUCACUUGCGUUUACGCGAGCUGAUCGGCGAACAUUCGGCCGGCGCUCGGCUCGUGUGUGUCACACAGCCCAUGCCACGACGGCGCGGUGUGCCCGCACCUUUAUAUAUGGCUUGGUUGAGUGCUAUAGCCACUGCUGCUAGACAAGUGUUAUUGGUUAGGGGCAAUCAUGCCGCGGUGUUGACUUUCUACUCGUAGAAAGAUAAAUUGGGUGUAGUGUAAUGUGGCCGCACCUUUAGAGUCACGACUACCAGGCAAAAGUCGUUUAUGUUUAGCAUGGUGUGGCUAUACCUUUUUGGCCUGGAUCAUCAUCAGUAACUACUAUAUAAUUUGAACUGUAAGCCUGGCUCGCCCGCCUAUGUUAUUAUAAUUACCAACUACUAUAUCAUUUAUAAGAGCAAGCUCCCAAGUGGUGUGUCACGCAGCAUGCUGAGACGGCGCGGUGUGCCCGCACCUUUAUAUAUGGCUUGGUUGAGUGCUAUAGCCACUGCUGCUAGACAAGUGUUGCUGGUUAGGGGCAAUCAUGCGGCUGUACUGACAUUCUACUCGUAGAAAUAUGGAAUAGUUAGGGUGUGGUGUGGCCGCACCUUUAUAAUACAACAUACUACUACUAUAAUACUACUACGUCAAAGCUAAUGUUCCACUCGUUUAUGUUUAGCAUGGUGUGGUCGCAUCUUUAUUGACUGGUUCGACCACGUUUGUGACCUGGAUCAUUUCUAAGUACAUUUGAAUUGUAAGCAUAUCUCGCCCACCUAUGUUAUUAUAAUUACUAACUACCAACCACGACCGAGCUCCCAAGUGGUGUGUCACAACCCAUGCCGAGACGGUGUGCCCGCACCUUUAUAUUCAAAUUUUCAACACAGUAUGACUGCACCUUUGCCCCUUUAUUCCUGUGAAACUACUAUAUAUACCCUUUCCUAGUAAAUGUACAAAAAAGUACUAUAUAGCUUGACCAUUAAAAGGGCUAAAGUACACCUUAAUUCCUCAUAUAAUUUCUUACUAUAAUCUAUGAAUUAGACUAUGGUUUAAGAACACGAUUUUCUUUCGCAGAACGAUCUAGAGAACUUACUAGUAACUAGGCCUUUACUUGUAAAAAAAUCAUUUAAAUUUUAUUAAUAUAAUUGAUCAUCUCUUUUAUUGAAAGUUAAUUUCACUAAAAACUGAAAAUUAUCUAGUUUAAACAUUGAUUUAUAGUGUUUAUAAGUAAGGCGCCUAGUUAUCUAACCAAUCUUUUGUCUCGCUCGCACUUAUGCUUUUGCACAUAAGAAAAAGCGAGACAAAGCAUUAGUUGUGCAACUGAUGUACGAAGUUGUCAGUAAGAAUAUAUAUCAACAAGUCAUUUAUAUGAUUUUUGAGUUUAUAUAAUAGCGAAACUAUUUACCCAAUGACGCAGUGGUUACACUUAGCUAAUUUUAUAUUAAGUGGGUUCGAUUCCCAGCAAGUGUGAUUAUACGUAUCUGUAUUGGCGAAUUUUACAAUUUUUUCUAAUGUAAUUUGUAAUGUUUUUACAAAUUUGUACGAUUUUAAUAUAUUGGAAAAGCCUUUAUUGUGCCUAAAUUUUUGAACUAUGUAUUUAUGUAUUUUUAAAAAUUGACUUUGUAUGGGAAUCUCGAAAUUCUAAUGAAAUCUCGUUUAGAUGUAAUUUUAUUAGGUUUUAAAUUAGUUUUAAUAAAAAUGAGUGAAUUUUACAAUUUCUCUAAGGAAGUAACAUUUUAAUAAAAUAAAUAAUUGCUUGAUAUUAAAUUGCAAAUGUCGACCAGCGAAUUAACAUACGUUCGUAGUUUUUAUUAUUUAUUUUACUAAAUAAUUAAUUUAAUAUUAAAUUAAUUGUAAUUAAUUUUCUUUUAAUGAAAACGUAUACGAUCCAUAUUGAAUAAUACUGAAGGAUAUCUUGAAAGUCGGACUAAGAUAUAUUAAAAUUUGUUUAUAAGCUGUUUGUUAUAAUAAUUGUAAAAUAUCUGAUGUAAUUAACAAGCUGUUAUUUACAGAAAUUUCAUCACGAUUUGUUAAGUCCUUUUGAACAUUAGACACUACAAACAUCGCGAAAGAAUAUUACGAGUAAAUAAUUAAUAUAUUUUAUCCGACUUUAAUCAUGUAGCCGUUUUUUACUUUGUAAGAUGAAUCGGACUUGUUCAAUGUUUAGGAAAAUAUUAACAAUAUGAAUAAAAUAAUCUAAAGCAGAUUCGUUUUUUUUCACAAUCUGUUCAGUUUAUCUCAGCAUUGAACUAAGCCCGUACUUAGAUAAUUUCAAUUUAUGUUGCAGUGCAAGUUUAGAAUAUAUUCGUUUGAUUAAAUGUCUAGUUAAUUGUCAUUCUUAACUUCAGAGUGCUGUUGUUUUUGUAUUAAAAUAUAAUUUGAUAAAUCCUUAUUGUUUUUAUUUGUGUUCGAUAAAAUUAUCGUUUCAGUGAUAUGAGUUUAACAACAUUUAAUUAUGUUUACAAAGUAACUGUCGUAUCAUGUCUCAGUAUUCGAUUAAUAAUAAGUUUAACUAAAAUGUAUUAAAAAGAUCUGUUUAACACAUGAAUGUUUUGUUUUUAUUUCACACAUUAUAAUUAUAUUUCUUUACAUUUCAAUAAUAAUUAAUUUUAUGAAAUUAACUAGAUAUUGAAUGAAAUACCACAUUCCUGUAUGGACUGCAACACCGAAUACUAUCCUACAGUACCUGAUUACAUAACUCUAUAGUUACCUGCUAAUUACGCUGUUAUUUAUUACCUAUUGUUUGUACUAGAUACAAUAUUAAUAAAUGAUACGAAAGUCA